AUGUCGCCACCAAUGGGAGAAACCCAACCACUCAUUUAUCAUGGCAAAAACGGUCAAGCACCGGAAACCAUGGAAAAUGAAACCAAGGAGAAAUCUACCUGCAGUUCUGGAGUCGCCAAACUAGUGAUUGUCGCCCUUCUCGCAAUCAUUGGCACUCAUCUGUACGAUCGGCAUUUCAAUGCAACAGAUAAGGUUGUAGAAAAUAGCAGCGAUUUGCCACCACCACCUGAAUUGCCAUCAGCGGCUGAGGAGAAUUCUGAAACAUCAGAAGAUGCUUCAGCUUCUACCACGACCGCUCCAUUGCAAUACCGACCUUAUUGUAUGACUUAUCAUAAUCAAAAGACGGCGCGUAUUCUGCAAACGAGUAUGGGAUCUCCAAGUCAACAAUGGUCUCGAAUUCCUUGUUAUGCUGAGCCGGAGAAGGUCCGAAAGUGGGCCAAGUCUCCUACUCCCCCUGAUGCUCAUGUGAACGAGUACGGAAAUCCUGAUGCGAUUCUCAAUAUUUCCUUGAACGACGCUUCCUUUGCAGACCGCAAACCCAUUUUGGGAUUUGGGGCUGCCUUUACCGAAGCCGCGUCUUUGAACUACCAAUCCUUGUCCGAGAAGGGAAAGGAAACUUUGAUGGAACUUUACUUUGGCAAAUCGGGAUUGGGUUAUGCCUUGGGCCGAGUUCACAUUAAUUCCUGUGAUUUCUCGGUCAAAUCGUACAGCUUUGACGAUGUGGAUGGAGAUUUCGAGCUUGAACAAUUCGACACGAAUGCCACGCACGAUAACCAGAAAGACGGAAUGAUGGAUAUGAUUCGAAGGGCGACAUCGGUUUUUGAAAGAGCCUGGAAGCCGGCCGCAGAGGUUGAGGGAGAGGAGAUUGAUCCUACAAGAUUAAAGGAUGGCAACUUGCUCAUGUACGCUUCUCCUUGGUCUCCUCCAGCCUGGAUGAAGAAUCCAAUCUAUGACGUCGAUCCAGAAAAUGCGACCCACGCUGCUGGUAUGACGGGAAGUACAACGCCUAGUUGCUUGAGAGAAGGUACUGGCAAGGAUUCACGAUAUGCCAAGGCUUGGGCGCUCUACUUUUCCAAAUUCAUUACUACUUACCGCGAACAUGGGAUUGACCUCUGGGGCAUUACCGUGCAGAACGAACCAGAGUUCCCAGCACCUUGGGAAGCCUGUGCCUACACUCCCGAAGCCCAAGCCGACUUUGUGGCAUACCAUCUCGGUCCGCAAUUGGAAAAGGAUCAUCCAGACAUCAAAGUACUUAUGUUUGAUCACAACAAGGAUCACAUGAUUACGUGGGCCAAGCUACUACUGAAUGAAACGGCACAUCCAUCGUACAAGUAUAUUGAUGGCACUGCCUAUCACUGGUAUGCAGGUGGUAUGGAUCGAUUGCUAGAUGGUGCAGUCGGCUCUCCCAAUUUGCAUCGAUUCCAAUCGACAUUGAAGGACUUGUUUGAAACCAAGACGACGGAGCAGGAUGUCAAUGACACCCUGCCGAACGAGACCAUCGCGACAGUAGCACCAAAUCAAGGCAAGGAGCACAUCAUUCUAGGUAGUGAAGCGUGCCACUGUCCCUACACGGGUUAUGCGGGGGGUUCCAUUGAAGUCUAUUGGGCUCGUGCCGAGCGAUAUGUCCAUACCAUUUUGGCCGACUUGGCAGCUGGAAGUAACGGAUGGGUCGAAUGGAAUCUGGUAUUGGAUUCGGUCGGAGGACCCAACCACUUGAACAAUCUUUGUGACACUGGAAUCUUGGCUGUGCCACAUCGGGCCAUUGUCAAUGGGUCGGAAGCGGAUAUUCCUCCCACUUUGCCUUUUGAAAAAACCAAGCACCAGUUUGGAGUCAAUGUGGGAGAUACCCGUACAAGAGCCGAACUUAAUGCCUUGGGUUUCCCCGCCAAGUAUUUGGACACCGGUUUAGCAGUCCAACCAAUUUACUAUUACAUGGGUCAUAUUUCACGGUAUGUCCGUCCUGGCUCCAGGGCUCUUUCGGGCCUGAUUCAAGAGUCCAAGGCCAGUGAAGAAUCAUCGCCUCUUACUACUCCGAAUCGAGCCUUCCGAUCGCAAGGACAAGUCGUUCCUGGUGGAGGUUUCAAUGAUUUGGCUCGCAAUGGAAUUGAAGUUACUGCCUGGCCGUGCGAGGGUUCCACUCGACAAGUAUUUGAAUUUGAUGAAGAUACCAAGCGCAUUAAAGUAUUGGGUCACGACUGGUUGGGAAAACCGACAAAGUCAUGCUUGGCAAAGGAAGCAGACAUGAGUUUCAAGGGAAUUACUUUGACAGACUGCAAGAAAAAGUUAGCAGCAACCUUUGAUAUGGUUCCGAUUGACAGCGCGUCGAAUUCUACUUGGGUGCAGUUUGUGCAAACCAAUGUCCCAGAAACUAGCAAGCGUGUGGACCGAUGUCUGGUUUUGGGCCAUUUGGGAAAUGAUGGUGGUGCCUUGGGCCCACGUGGCGGUGCACCUGUGAAGUACGGCAGCUGUGCAGGAGGGCAAUCCAAAUGGAAGUAUUCCGAUCCGUCAGGUGGAGAAAUCAUCACCACAGUGCUUGAUGCUGGUGAAGUCUGCAUGACUACUGGAUGGCCUUUUUUGCAAAUGGGAGCAUUUUCAACUCCAAAUGGAGAAAGUGAAAGUACAGUGGUGUUGCUGAAUGAAGCGCGAGACUCGGCCAACUACGUCUUGUAUGAUGGGGGUGAUGUUGUUUUAUCAGGAUCCAUCCCACCUAGGUCCAUUCAAACUGUUUUGUUGGACUCUAAUUGA